AUGGAGGCAACUCGAGGGGAGGAUCUAUUCGCUGGCCUCAAAGCAGAGAGCGUACCGGAAGAGAAAGGCCUCACUGUCAGGGCCAAGUUCAAGCUCCAUACAUCAAGCAAUAGAAAGUCUAACUCCUCCGCUGGCAAGCGCAACCUAAACCUCCCAGUAGUCGCACUCAAGACCGAAGCCGAAGCCGUGCCUCCCUAUCGAUUUCACCACAUAGAGAUCCCGAAGAGCGUACUGACCCCUCAGACGAUGCUUAAGUACGUCCCACACGUGAGAGACCUUGACGACUCCGAGGAGCGGCAGUACAACCUCUGGUUGCAGGAACUAGAUGAGAUGGACGCCGCCUCCGGCUUCAAACCCCAGAGCAGAGAGCAGAGGGCGGCGAAUACGAAACGAGACGAGACCGCGGCGCGUCUCGCGACUAUGCUUCCCUCGUGGCUCAAAACGUUGUCCAUUGAGGGCUGCACAAAAGCGAAUCUCAUCCGGUACAUGGCAAGCGAGGCUCGUGACGACACCAUCACACCGCAGCAAAAGACUAGCCUGAUUGAUAGUUGCCGCAAGGUAGAUGAUAUAGGGUCGCCUAGAUCGAUACGUGCUGUCAAGCAGUUUACCGAAGCAUUUGACCUCGUUUUCUCGCGCGAACGCUCCGAGUACCCCGUCACGCUGCGGGAUGUCCUGUUCAGAGACGACUUUGUCGAUCAAAUCGUCGACCCUAAACGCUUGACUAAAGAAGUGAUUGCGCCCUCCAAGCCAACGGAAACGCUCGAACCGGCGGAUGGCUAUCUAGAGACCCACUCUCUCCUCGCCUGUCUGAUAUGCUUUUGCAACUCGUGCGACCAUGGAGAAUACGACAAUAAAAACCAGAAACGCACAUUCUCCAUGGAGGUCAUGGGCGGCGUUGAAGGCGCUCUGAAAAGGCGGCCACUCAGACUCACUCGAGAUCGUGCCACUCAGGAGGAAAAGGUCUUGUACUCGCAACCUUGCGGCGACGAGUGCUUCCAGCUGAUCGACGGAGAAAUCCCUCCCGGGGUCAUGACGCCUUGGACGACGCGAGAACUUAGGAUUCUACGCGCGCUCGUUGAAACCUCGCCAGUUGGGCCGAGCUUCCGCCUUCCGGAGUGCACCAUCUCGGGCUUUCUCCAGCGGCCAUGCUGGGAGGUUCACCUCAAGAUGAAGCAGGCAAAGCUCGGCCCCAAGGUGGCACCUGCGACUACCCCGCCGAAACCGGUCAAGAAUUUAGCUUGGUAUGACCGGCAUAGGAAGAUGCUCGUUGGGGAUUGGCAAGAACAUACGAGGGUCUACGAGCACCAACGUCGCUGGCGUGUUGUGCGAGAGGUUUUGCCGCUGCACGGCGGAGAUCUGCGCCUAAAUAGGGAGUGCGACCCGGCGCUGUGCAAAGGCUGCGGUGCCAUAGAGCGGGUCGACCCCGCCAACCUUGGCGACGAUGACCUGCACCAAACGGGAUGCCAGAACUGCGCGCUCCAGCGAGGGCAGACCAAGCGGCUCAUGCUGGGAAAGAGCCUCCUGGACGGCUGCGGCUAUGGACUGUUUACGGCGGAAGACAUUGCGCAGGACGAAUUUGUCAUUGAAUACGUGGGCGAGCUCAUCACGCAUGACGAGGGGUACGACGCGAGGCGCGGCGCGGCGACGUAUUCAACGAAGGAUCCAAUGCCAGUGUAUGGAAAUUUGAGUCGGUACAUCAAUCACGCGUCGGAAAGCGACAAGCGGGCGUGCAACAUCAUGCCCAAGAUCCUCUACGUCAAUGGAGAGUACAGAAUCCGUUUCUCAGCCAUGCGAGAUAUCCGAGCAGGCGAGGAGCUCUUCUUUAACUACGGGGAGAACUUCCCCAAUCUCACCAAGAAACUUCUCGAAGACCGCGCGGACCAAGUAGAUGAGCCAUCAACGGCCGCCGAGGGUAGCUCAAGGGUCCUGCUCAGAAGGCGGGGCGGCGACGCUCGGGGCGGCCGGAUCGCGAAGGGCGCCAUUGGGAAGCUGGCGGUCGUAGGGGACACGGGGGCAGCGCGGUCACGAAAGCGGGCGAGACGCACUGACACGGAAGUCCAAGAGGAAGAGGCUAUCCUCGAGGCCAUGGGGUCGCCUAGCCGGCCGCCUCGUCGGACGGGAGCAGCCGCCGCUAGCUCUAGAACGCGGAAGAGUAAUAACACGGGUGCGCGCUCGGUGGAUUUAAGAGAGGCAGCCGAGGCAGCCGAAGAAGAAGGGCACGUGUCCGACUCGGACAGCGCGCCGUUGGCUCACCGGCGGGCCAGCCGCCAAGAUCAUAGGGUGGCGACGGACAGCAGCGUGGACGAGGGAGGCCAAGGCGAAACGGUAGUACACAGGACCGCAUUGCGGCAGAGUGAGGAGGAGAAUCUGGAGACAAAUACCGCUGAUGAGCAGGGGCGCGAGGGCGAGGGCGAGGACGGGGAUGAAGAUGAAGAUGGCACUCCCGAGGGCGCAAGCUUCGUGAAUUGCCGCUUGCCUUACUAUCUGCAACCGAGCUCCUCCAAGCAUACCUCCAACCCUUGA